AUGCAACCUACUUCCGGCGGCGGUAGCGGCGGUUUGAAGCGUUUCCGGUCAACUCCGGCGAGUUGGAUAGAAUCGUUUGCUCUCAAAGAAGAAGAGGAAGACGAAAUCCAGCAACAAGAUAAUUUCAGUUUCACUCAACUGCUUUCCAAUAACGCUGCUGCUGCUCCUUCAACUUCCGAUUCUCAUCCUUAUUUGCCUGAUUACUACCACUACUCUUCAUCACAUACUCCUUCUUCCUCAAAUGCUUUGAAUAAUCCAUUCAUACAGGGAGUUGAGGAUAGUGAUAAUGCAUUGGAUCUUAAAAUGGACAAAAUUUUAGAGGAUUCAGUUCCUUGCAAGAUUCGAGCAAAGCGUGGCUGUGCUACACAUCCAAGGAGUAUUGCUGAAAGGGUUCGGAGGACUCGGAUUAGUGACCGCAUAAGAAAACUUCAAGAACUAGUGCCAAACAUGGAUAAGCAAACAAAUACUGCAGAGAUGUUAGAUGAGGCUGUAGCUUAUGUCAAGUUUCUACAAAAUCAAAUUGAGGAACUAUCAGAACACCAACAGAGGUGUACAUGCAUGAUUCAUGAGUAA